UGUAGAUUUGCUGCGCAGCGUUGAAAAAGCACAGAAGGAGAAGGAGGUGGUGGUGGUGGUGGUGGAGGAGAGGCAGGAGCGCUGAUUCACGGCUGCUGCUCGCACGAGGGACAGACGAGGAGCGGCUAUCUCCAACCUUAAAAUACUGACCCCCCGCGCGCGCCUCCUCCUCCUCCUCCUCCCCCUCCAGUCUCCCUCUGCCCCCCUUCUUCGUCAUUGACAGCUCUGCGACCGGGUCAGUCCCUGCGUCCGAGGAGGAGAGGAGCGAGGACAGCGGAGAGAGGGGCUACAGCCGUGGAGAGGAGAGGAGAGGAAGGAAGGAGAGAGCGCCCUUUGGACCAGUUUACCCACAGCUUUCACAGCUUUAUCACCGGACUGGACUCUUUAAAGUGCAUGAAGACGACGCAUCUCUGGAUAUUUUCUUGUUGGUUUGACUCUUCGCUCCACGCCACAGCGCAAAGUGAGGCGUAAUUAAACACGCGAGGUGGAGAGGAGUCUUCUUACGCAGCGUUCCCUCAAAGCUUAACAGAAAUCCAGGUGGUGGUGGAGGACCUCACAGCCCAGUGCUGGAUCCCGUUGGGGACUGUCAGAGCGGUUUGGGCCUGUGAGACGCAGGAGGGCGCAUGGAGGGUUCAAGGUGCGGCGGCGCGGGGUCAGCGGCCUGGUUCUGUUUAGGGCUGGUGUCUGUGGCCGCCUCCUUUGUCUGUGCGGAGGCCAAGACCAACCCGAGUCCACUAACACCCCUGAAAAAUGACACGUGUGAGCACAACACCAAGUGCCAUCCGGGCAUCAUCCUUCCCAUAUGGUACCCGGAGGACCCUUCCAUGGGAGACAAAAUCGCAAGAGUUAUAGUCUACUUCGUUGCAAUGAUUUACAUGUUCUUGGGAGUCUCUAUCAUUGCUGACCGCUUCAUGGCCGCCAUUGAAGUAAUCACAUCCCAAGAGAAAGAGAUAGUCAUCAAAAGACCCAACGGAGAGACGACCACAACUACCAUUAGAGUCUGGAACGAGACAGUGUCCAACUUGACCCUCAUGGCUUUAGGUUCCUCUGCUCCGGAGAUCCUGCUGUCCGUUAUUGAAGUUUGCGGGCAUGAAUUCGAAGCCGGAGCGCUAGGACCUUCCACAAUUGUCGGCAGCGCUGCUUUCAACAUGUUCGUAAUCAUCGGUCUUUGUGUUUUAGUUAUUCCCCAAGGCGAGGUCCGAAAAGUCAAGCACCUCCGAGUUUUCUUCAUCACUGCCGGUUGGAGUGUUUUCGCAUACAUUUGGCUGUACAUAAUCUUGGCUGUCAUCACUCCCAAUGAAGUUCAAGUCUGGGAAGGCCUCCUAACUCUUGCCUUCUUCCCCAUUUGCGUGCUCCUUGCUUGGAUCGCUGACCGCCGCCUGCUUUUUUACAAGUUCAUGCACAAGAAAUACCGCACCGACAAGCAUAGAGGAGUGAUCAUUGAGACAGAGACGGAACGCUCUAAAGGCAUUGAAAUGGACGGCAAGUUGGUCAAUUCUCAUUUUAUGGAUGGAAGUGCGAGCAGUAAUCUCAUCGGUCUAAUUGAAGGCAAAGAAGUCGACGAAUCAAGACGAGAUAUGAUUCGUAUCUUGAAAGAUCUCAAGCAAAAAUAUCCCGAGAAAGAGUUGGAUCAGCUGGUCGAGAUGGCUAACUACUAUGCCUUGUCACACCAACAAAAGAGCAGAGCCUUUUAUCGAAUCCAAGCUACACGCAUGAUGACCGGCGCUGGUAAUAUCCUGAAGAAACACGUGGCAGAACAAGCGAAAAAGUGCGCAAGUAUCCAAGAGAUCCAUGUUGACGAACCGGAAGAGUACGUAUCAAGAAUCGCGUUCGAGCCAGCUGUCUAUCAGUGCUUUGAAAACUGCGGUGCUGCAAUCUUGACAAUUACAAGAAAGGGAGGGGAUGUUGACAAAACUAUAUUAGUGGAUUACAAGACAGAAGAUGGUUCCGCGAAUGCCGGGGCCGACUACGAGUUCACAGAAGGGACAGUGAUGUUCAAACCGGGCGAAAUUAUAAAAGAAAUCAGCGUUGGCAUUAUAGAUGACGACAUUUUUGAGGAAGACGAGCAUUUCUUUGUGCGUUUAAGCAAUCUGCGAGUCCUCGAUACCGAAGAUGAAGUAUUGUCGGCGAAUAGUCUCCCGUAUCCCAAAGCAAUGCUGGGGUUCCCAACUGUAGCCACUGUCACCAUUCUAGACGAUGACCAUUCGGGCAUCUUUACCUUCGAAAGUGGCUCGGCGCAUGUAAGCGAGAGCAUUGGCAUUAUGGAGGUCAAGGUGCUCAGGACAUCUGGUGCCAGGGGGACAGUCAUCGUGCCUUAUCGCACCAUCGAGGGACUGGCCAAAGGAGGAGGGGAGGACUUCGAAGACACCUACGGAGAGUUGGAGUUCAAGAAUGACGAAACCUGCAAAUACAUUCACGUGAAAAUUAUUGACGACGAGGAGUAUGAGAAAAACAAGAACUUCUUCCUGGAGCUGGCCGAGCCUCGAAUGGUAGACAUGAGCCUUCAGAAAGCCAUGUUGUUAGCUGCUGAUGUACCGGACAGGAAGCUGACGACAGAUGAGGAGGAAGCCAAGCGGAUCGCGGAGAUGGGGAAGCCGGUUCUAGGGGAGCAUUCGAAAAUGGAAGUCAUUAUUGAAGAAUCGUAUGAGUUUAAGAACACAGUGGACAAGCUGAUAAAGAAGACCAACCUGGCAUUAGUGGUGGGAACCAACUCCUGGAGAGACCAGUUCAUGGAGGCCAUCACUGUCAGCGCAGACGAGGACGAGGAGGACACGGGCGAGGAGCGACUGCCGUCUUGUUUUGAUUACGUCAUGCACUUCCUGACGGUUUUCUGGAAGGUUCUGUUCGCCUGCGUCCCGCCCACAGAGUACUGGCACGGCUGGGCUUGCUUCGUCGUGUCCAUCAUCAUCAUCGGGGUCCUCACUGCCAUCAUCGGGGACCUGGCCUCUCACUUCGGCUGCACCAUCGGGCUGAAAGACUCUGUUACCGCUGUGGUGUUUGUGGCUCUGGGGACGUCUGUACCAGACACAUUUGCCAGUAAAGUCGCAGCGGUCCAGGACAUGUACGCCGACGCCUCCAUCGGGAAUGUCACCGGGAGCAACGCGGUCAACGUGUUUUUGGGCAUCGGCAUGGCCUGGUCUGUUGCUGCCAUCUACUGGAAGUCCAAAGGAAAGCCCUUCGUGGUGGAGGCGGGCUCUUUGGCAUUUUCAGUCACCCUGUUUACGAUCUUUGCCUUCCUGGCCAUUUCGGUGCUGUUGUACAGACGCAGACCGCACAUUGGAGGGGAGCUGGGGGGGCCGUGGGGACACAGACUGAUCACUUCCUUGUUCCUCUUCAGCCUGUGGUUUCUUUACAUCCUGUUUUCCAGUCUGGAGGCCUACUGUCAUAUAGAGGGCUUUUAAAAACUCCACUGAGAGGCGUGAAUGAGAGCAUAGGUCAAUCAAAACAAUGACUCACAAACCUCCCUCAAACCUAACUGCAAGGACCGGCCACAGUCAAGAGCGUCCCAAAAAGUGCCCGGGGGCCAGGCGUUGUCCUUACAGCCGGGAUGGGAUGGGAUCCACCACCACAGAAGACAAGGGGUGAUCCUGCAUUUCCUAUGGGACAAAAAGGAGUCAACAAGAGGUCUAUUUUUCUCACACACAAGACGAGAAUGACUUUUUCUAAGAUGUAUUUUGAGGAUAAAAAUGCAAAAAAUAGAUAAAACAAAAAAACAAAGGAAAAAGAGGAGAACUAUUUUCUGGAAAAAAAUGUGAGUGACAAUGCAUUGGAGUCAUAAUUAUUUAUUUUUAUUUGUUUCAUGUGAAGCUUAUGUGGACUGGCAGAGCAUUGAACAAAAAGGUGGACAUUGUCAAACUGCCCUGGACAUUACUUCAGUACUCUAUACCUAUCUAUAUAUAAUAUAUUUCCAUAUUUUCUGUAUAUUUUGAAUAUUUGUUUAGAUGUGGUCACCUUCUACUGAUCAAGAGGUUUGCUGUGGUAAUGGGACUUAGGAAGGGGCGGGUUCUGCGGUCUAUCUAUACUCUACUGAACGAUGUCUUCACCUUUCUAGUAUCUAUAGGUAAAAAACAUUGUAUUUUAUUUACAGAUAUCUUGGUCUCACUUGACUUUUCACCUUUUCAAUCAGAAAAAAGAUACAAAUGGUAAUUGCUGCAGAUAAAUCCAGAGGUAUUUUUCUACUGUUCCUUCCUGCACUUUGCUGUAUAGAUCUAUUUAUGAGACUUGUUCACGUGCAAAAGGCCAAUACAAGAGGCAUAUCUGAACACGGGACAGUGCCUGCAGAGGGUUUAGAGGCGGUGGGUUUAGAGGGAUUCAUUCAAAUACUAAGAAAGCUGCAUCAAUCUGUGUUUGGCCACAAGGGCGCAGCAGAGCAAGACCCAAGCAAGACACAAGGAAAACAAUCAAAUAUUUAUUUUUAUGAUAAAAGUGUUACAACAAAAUUAUGUCUGAUACAUUUUGAGGUUAAACUCAAAAUUUCAGCUACGAUCAUAUUUUUAUUAUUUAGUUAUUACACGAAGGUAGAUAUAAACCUUCUGCUAAUGUUUUUGAUUACAGAGAAAGUAACAUUUUUGUUUUACAUAUAUACAAACUUUUUUAAUUUACUCAAGUUAUUUAACCUCAAUAUCAAACCCAAAUUUGCUGACCCCUUCAAGUGCCUAAUUAUCAAUUGGUGCAGCUUUCAAAAUGGCGCAUAAUAGUAUUCACAUUUAUAUGCAUACACACAAACACCUAUGUUUUUUUUUUCUGUUCUUCACCUUAAAGCCAUGUUUUUGAAAGCUCAUUUUCAACAAGAUUCUUUUCAGCUCCUAAGUGGACACUACCAGGAAGACAGCCCUCAAAUUAUGAACUGGUACUUUGACAGACUUCUGAAGUUAAAUUAAAUAUGAAUACAAUUGUUUAACCUGUGGCAAAUUUAAAAUGACCCAUGAUUUAACCAAAGACUUUAAUAUAAAUCCAUAAAAGUGAAACAUUGUGAGUAGCAGUGGCGGUGUGUCUCCACCAGAGGGCGUCAAACCUUUUCUACCUGAGUUCUUCCUCCCAGUGAGCAGUGCUGUAAGUGUUUCCCUUUUUGCCUUUGAAUCACACCUGCUCUCCCUAAUCUUCCUUUAUAUAAUUCUUAUAUAUUUUAGCAGAAAUUGGUUGCACAAAACAAACGGCUUGCAUUUCAAUCUCACUUUUUGUACAUACUUGUCCAUGUACAAAGAAAUGGUAAAAUAAGAUGUAUUUGGAGGAAGCAGCAUGUCUCUACGUAGUCACCUACAAUCUCUGCAAUCAUCUGAGCCAAUGACGAUAUUAUCUUUUAUUUAUUCUUGUGUUAAAUGCUCACCACUAUUAUUCUUGUUCAAAUGCAUUGUAAGACGAGGAAGUGCCAGUGACAUGAUUUCAAUUAAUGUAUUGUUCAUUUGGAUGUAUUCUUGAUUUUGUCAAAUUCAGUGUGUUUGUGUGUGAUGCAUGAGAAGAAACCACUCAAAUUAUUUUUUUGUCUUAAAUUAUGUCUUAAAAGAUCAUUUAAUUGUCAUCCACGCCACUUCUUUAAGUCUUCUAGCUCAGCCUGAAAGAUGGAAGUGUGAAUUUAUACUAUUGUGAGGCGUUUAGGGGAGGUGGUUUAUUUCAUUUUGUUUGUUUUUGUGUAACAGAAAAAGGGGCACAUUUUAAAGGGAUGUUUUUUCUUGGCCUGCGAUGAGAUGUCAAAAAUAAAAACGCAAAAUUUCCAAAGCUGACGAUGUUUUGAGAUCAAACUGUUUUGUUCUUUUACUGUUAAAUAAAAGCAGCUUCCUUGUU